GGCAUCUUUUCUAGUGUCAGCAGACAAGACAGCAGGCGAAUUUUGUUGGAAGUCGAUAUCCAGAGAAAAAGAAGUUAUUUUUGUUGAUCCUUUUAAAAGAAAUGUUGUCUUUGUGUUGAUCAGUAGUGCUGCAGGAUAGUUACACAUCAACCAUGGGAAAUCAGGACUCAAAGCUGAGCUUCCGCAAAGCUGUAAUACAGCUUACAUCUAAAACGCAGCCCAUUGACUCUUCUGAUGAUACUUUUUGGGAUCAACUAUGGUCUGAGCACACAGCUUCAGUGCAAGAUGUCUUCACCUUACUACCAGCAGCUGAGAUAAGAAUGGUUAGAGAGGAAUCUCCUCAAAACCUGGCCACUUUGUGCUAUAAAGCAGUAGAAAAACUUGUGAGGGCAGUGGACAACAGCUGUCGAACCCAACAUGAUCAGCAGACAGUUCUUAACUGCUGUCGCCUGCUUACCCGUGUCCUGCCCUGCAUGUUUGAGGAUUUAGACUGGAGAGGAUUCUUCUGGUCAAGCCUCCCAGCUGGCCAGGCUCAGGAAGGAGAAGAAACCGAGUCCUCUCCAUUAGCAGUAUCUUUGAUCAAUGCAAUUUGUGAUCUUCUAUUCUGCCCAGAUUUCACUGUUGCUGCCAACAAAAAGGCUGGCCCUGAUAAAGCAGAGGAUCUUCAAGCCAUUGACAGCUGCGAAUAUAUAUGGGAGUCAGGUGUGGGCUGUGCUACAACCCCCCCUCAUCAUCCUCAGUAUGAUUCAAACCGCACAGAACUUCUCAAAUUGCUGUUGACCUGCUUCAGCGAAACUAUAUAUCAUCAGCCGGAAGAAGCCUCACCAGCACCAAACCGCUGGAUCCAACACCUCACCUCUGCAGAAAAUCGCCAUGCUCUUCCAUUAUUUACCUCUCUUUUGAAUACUGUUUGCGCUUAUGAUCCUGUUGGUUUGGGUGUUCCUUACAAUCAUUUAAUAUUUAGUGACUCCAUGGAGCCUCUUGUGGAUGUAGCACUUCAGCUACUCCUUGUUACUCUUGAUCAUGACCUGAGUAACACUGUUGUACAGGAUGAGCAAACCACUGUCCCGGACAACCUUUUUAUUAACUAUUUGAGCCGUAUUCACCGUGAUGAAGAUUUCCAGUUUGUUUUAAAAGGCUUUGCUCGCCUCCUUAACAAUCCCUUAAUGCAGACAUAUUUACCUAACUCCACAAAAAAGGUCCAAUUUCACCAAGAGCUGCUCGUAUUUUUCUGGAAAAUGUGUGAUUACAACAAGAAAUUCCUGUACUAUGUCUUGAAAGGUGAUGACGUUUUACACAUCCUAGUGCCCAUAUUGUUCCACUUGAAUGAUUCUCGUGCUGAUCAGUCACGUGUUGGUUUGAUGCACAUUGGAGUUUUCAUCUUGCUCUUGUUGAGUGGUUACCGAAACUUCGGUGUUCGUCUCAAUAAACCUUAUACAGCAACCAUCCCAAUGGAUAUACCAGUCUUUACAGGAACUCAUGGUGAUCUAGUGAUCACUGUAUUUCACAAAAUUAUUUCAACUGGACAUCAAAGACUGCAGCCACUAUUUGACUGCCUUUUAACUAUUCUUGUGAAUGUGUCUCCAUACCUCAAAACUCUCUCAAUGGUAGCCAGUACAAAGCUUCUACAUCUUCUUGAGGCUUUCAGUACUCCAUGGUUUUUAUUUUCAUCACCUACAAAGCACCAACUGGUUUUCUUCCUCUUGGAAAUUUUCAACAACAUCAUUCAAUACCAGUUUGAUGGAAAUUCCAACCUGGUGUACACCAUAAUUAGGAAACGUCAAGUAUUCCAUUCCCUGGCAAGUUUGCCCACUGAUCAUUUGACUAUUAACAAAACAAUUUCCAAAAAGCCUCGCCGCCACAUUCCUACUGUUUCCGCCAAUCCUGACUCAGCUGGCCAGUCUGAUCCUGAAGCUCCAAGUAUGGAGGGUUCACGCCCCGCACAGCCAGCUGAACCUGGAACUCUGAAAGUUUCUUUACCGGACACUCCUGGCAUUGAAAAUAUGACUGAGAGAGAGUCAGCUCAUCCAGCUGCAAGUCAAAGUGGGGAUGCUGCACCUGAACCCACUCCUGCUAAUGAAAGUCCCUUGCUGGAUCAAAAUGCUCCAACUCGUCAAGGAGAUGGCAUGGAAGGGCCUAGCGAAGACCUUAAAUCUACUCCAGUCUCAUCAAGCUCUACGAUCGAAACUAGCGCAAGAAGUCCCUUGCAAAGAUCAGUUCACCAGCGCCAGAGUAUUCGUCUUACUGAUGCAACUGGAGCAGCAGGAGCUGAAGAUGGUUCUUAUACUUGGGUACCAACAGCUGAGUGGGUUCGCUCUUGGAAGACCAAACUUCCUCUUCAGAAUAUCAUGAGAUUGCUACAGAUUCUGGUGCCCCAAGUAGAGAAAAUUUGCAUUGACAAAGACCUAACAGAUGAAAGCGAAAUAUUGAAAUUUCUUCAGCAUGGAACUCUUGUUGGUUUGCUUCCUGUUCCCCAUCCAAUUCUUAUUCGCAAAUAUCAAACGAAUUCUGGAACCAGUACAUGGUUGCGAACAUAUAUGUGGGGUAUUAUUUACCUCAGGAAUGUUGAUCCACCUAUCUGGUACGACACUGGUGUGAAGCUCUUCGAAGUUCAGCACGUUCAACACGAGUAGUGAGAGUUUCACAUCUUUUGUCAACCUUAUGCCAAUUAUGUAUGAUGAUCUUAGUUUAAAGCUUUAAAACGUUCCAACAUGAAAUUUUGUGAGCUUCAUCUCAGCUGGUGUCUUAUUAGCUUAGUCUAAGCAAAUUUAUAUCAUGGUGAUCUGUUAAAUUUUCAAAUUUAUUUAUAUUUUGUUUUAAAGUUGCUUGUGGGCUUCAGCAGUAGCACAAAACAUUCGAAUAUUUGAAGCUGUAUCCCUUUUUGGGUGCAGAUUUUAUUGUAUGUUUCCUGACCUGAAGUCGAGUUGAAUGUUUAUUUUAUCUGCACUGUUGCAGGCUCAUGAUUAAAGUUUUCCUAGAUUGACAAAGUUUCAAUCAACAGUCCCUGUGUGAAUAGUGGUAAUAUCUACCUCAUUGUAUUUAAAUGGAAUUACAGAUUACCAAUAUUUUGUGUGUUAGGAAGUAUCAUCUUGAAAUUGAAUUAAUUUAUUUUGUACCUGUAAUCUCCUCACAAAUUUCUUUAAUUUCGGAUAUUUUUAAAACUAAUUGUCUAAACAAACCAACCAAUCUGGUGAGCCCAUAUCGGAUGGACUUCUGUUAUUGCCAAUUAAACAGCAGUUUCCCCAAACUGUAUUGCUAGUUUAGGCCGCCUGUCAUUAUUUAUUUAAAUGUACAUUCCUUGAAUUUGCAUUUUUUUGUUUUGUUUUCUUGUAAGUUUUUUAGUUGUACUUAUUGUUUUACUGUUGUUUUAUUUUCCAUUCCAGAGAAAUUGACUGGCUUCUUGUUUGUUUUUUAUGAUUGUUUUACCACAGAUUAAUGUCUUGAUCCCAAUCUUUUAUGUGGCAUCUCAUUUUGAGUAAGAUUUUUUUACGUUGCUCCCAAUUAUACACUGCAUGACUGAUUGAAAGAUAGCAGUUUUACUAACUGUUAGUGGAAUUAGACAGAUGUCGUAAGGAUCUCUUCAUCUUUGAAUGAAAGUGAGAUUGUUUUGCUUCUUAUCAUGUUAAUGAAAUAAGAUGACUGCAAGUUGAUUUGAACACCUGUGGAAAUUGGUUUACAGUAGUAGGGCUGUACUGAAAAUGCAAGUGGUUAGAUUGCAGUCAAUGGCUUACGGAAUCUUUUUAUGUCAAGAUCUUGCCACGUUUCAGUUAAAUAGCCUAUGUUGUUUUUAAGAAUAUUUGUUUGAACAUAUUUUUCUCGAUACUGUAAAAGCAAAACUGUACAGAGCACAUGUUAUGAAUUUUUUAUCUAUUGUUGGUUGCACUUCUUAUCUCAGUCCAACCAAAUGGUUUCAAACACUGAAAUGAAUUGCACUGUUGACAAAAUGUAAAUCAAGAUUUUGUGGACACAAAUUAGAUACAAUAGCUGAGUGUUUAAAAAACCUCGUCAUACCUUGAAUCACUUCAAAGUAGUUUCAGAAAAAUUGGUUUGUGAUUAAAUGUCUGGAUUUUUACACUACUAAAGUUUGAUAGUUAUGUUUGCCAAGGCUAAAGUUCAAAGAAGAAAAAUGAGGGGAAAAUAUUUGCCUAGGUAGCUUUUGCUUUGGCUCCUCUUCUUGUUUUUAUUUUAAAAUCAUUUUUGGCCAUGUACUUUGACAUGUGAUAAAUAAACAUCGAAUCUUUUCCUCAUA